UCACAUACUUAAUAUUGUCAGUGGAUAAACUCUAAUGUUGCGCAUAUAUCCAUUCAUAUAGGCUAUUAAUAAUGCUUUAUUUACAUUAUGGCUUACUGUCCACGUCGAAUUAAAAUUAAAUUAUUUUACAUUAAUCGAUUAUUAGUCCAAUUAAUGCGUAACGUGCCUACAGUCUGUUGCAAACUUGCGCGUGGCGAUCAGUAAAACCUUGAUGCCUCCUUUAAAUGUGGAAUGAAUUAAAAAAGCGCGUGCAUGUGUUCACCCCUUGUCAUUUUCAAGCAACCUGGCGUAGAGAGAAGCUUUGGGGUAGACGAGGACACACCCGAAUAAUGUACCUCUCCUCCCCUCCUCUACGCCUGCCCCGUUACGCACAAUGCGCGGUGCGCCGGGAGCUACGGCAGACAGUGGCAGCCGGGAUUUAAGGAAUCAGAUGUGUGUUUGUCGUGUUCAUCACGGCCACACGGACACCGGAGUGCCAUCCUGACUUCGGGAAGGCUGUCGUGACUUCUGGCAACUAUAGAGGAAGCCCUUGGCUGAUUUCUAAGUUUAUCCAGCAGUCAACCCCCUGAUAACACACUGGCCCUUUGUGCUCCCUGCCAUCAAGCCCCCUUCUCUGUGGGUAUCCCGCUUCCAUUUUCCCAACGCGUGGUGCCCUGCUUCGGUGAAAAGUGCAGGCUUCACCUUCCCGCAUCAUGACCGUGGCCACGACCGACCCCUCAGAUGAGGCAUCAGCACACCCCGGUCAUCCUCAUGACUAUGACCCUGGAACAGAACAGGAAUGCUGCGAAAGAGUGGUCAUCAACAUCUCAGGCCUGCGUUUCGAGACGCAGCUAAAUACCCUCUCGCAAUUCCCCAAAACCUUACUCGGUGACCCCAAAAAGCGAAUGAGAUAUUUUGACCCUCUAAGGAACGAGUAUUUUUUCGAUCGAAACCGGCCCAGCUUUGACGCCAUCCUCUACUAUUACCAAUCCGGCGGAAAGUUGCGGCGACCCGCGAACGUGACUUUGGACGUCUUUUCGGAGGAAAUUCGCUUUUACGAGCUCGGAGAAGAAGCCAUCGAGAUAUUCCGAGAGGAUGAGGGGUUUAUUAAAGAGGAGGAGAGGCCGAUGCCUGACAAUGAGUUUCAAAAGCAAGUCUGGCUGCUGUUCGAGUAUCCGGAAAGUUCAGGGGCUGCCAGGAUUAUCGCCAUUAUUUCCGUUAUGGUCAUCCUCAUCUCCAUCGUCAGUUUCUGCCUUGAAACGCUUCCCAAUUUCCGCGACGAUGCACAGGAGUUGCACAAAGUCCCCGUUAUUGUCAAUAACUCCACAACCACUUACACGUCCGCCUACUUUAAGGACCCUUUCUUUAUUUUGGAGACGCUAUGCAUCAUCUGGUUCAGCUUUGAGUUCUUGGUGCGCUUUUUUGCGUGCCCGAGUAAAGCGAGCUUCUUUGUGAACAUAAUGAACAUGAUUGACGUGGUGGCCAUCAUCCCCUACUUCAUCACAUUGGGAACAGAACUGGCAGAGACGGCAGAGGACGGUCAACAAGGACAACAAGCCAUGUCUCUUGCGAUUCUGAGAGUCAUCCGACAUUUGUUUAAAACUUCCUUGUGCAAUAAUGAUUUCUGAAGUAUUUUUAUCAAAUAAAUCUAGGCUUGAUGAGCGUAUCAGUGCUCUUCAAAAAUUGUAUUACAUUGCAUGCA